UACACCCGUAAAACACUUGAAAAUGUUCUGGCGUGGACGCAUCAAGUCAGGCCAGCCUUUUGAACUUCGUUCCGGCGGUACGGUCAAGGUUGUGGGCGCAUUGAUGCGCGGCGGCCUACGCGGACGUGUGAAGUUUUCAGUCGAUGGCGAGGAGUUGGAUCUGCUUGAUGUGCACUACAGCAAGAUUGAAUAUCCGCUGGCCUUGACCAUUGCCACGGGUCAGAGGAUCACAUUUAAGGUUGAUGGGGAUGCGUCUGUCUGGCUAUACGGCCAUAUUGAUACCGAGAGCUGCGACAACUAUUGCCUUCCGCACGACAACAUACUCUACCAGCGGGACAAGGCCAAAAUAUAUGGCGAACUGAGCUCCGACGAGGAGACUACGGGAAUUCUACUCUAAUAUGGGUUGACAGCACGCUUGAGAGUAUUUGCCACAAGUAUUUGCAUUUUUUAUGACAGCCAAAUCCAACCUUUCAUGUGGGUUGAUUUCCCACUCAGUCGUUCAAAUCAACUGUAGCGCUUACAAUAAGUUCCAAAUGCACGUUUCGUCAAGGACGUAAAAGCUG